UUUUUAGUUUUUCAAAAUGUUCCUGAAACUGGAAGUUCUUUCUGCUUUCACCGAGAGUUUCACUGUUUAUGUUGUGUAUCGAACUUGUAAACAGCAAAAUGAAUAUUUUCAUUUUUACUCUAAAAAAUAGUCACAGAUGCAUUAUGCAAAUGUUGAACAAAAUCACAAGAAGUCCCAGCCCUCGAUUUCCUGAUUAUUCAUUUGCACUUGAUUUUGGUGCUGGGCACUUACCAGCUCAAACCAGUCCUUUAACUGCAUUAAAGAACAUCAUUGAUGAAGGAUUUUUAUGGGCAGUACCAAAAGCCAGAAGGUCGUUGGAAAGAAGAAUGACACGAAGAAUGGGUUUUGGAAAAAUGUUGUUGCCUCAGAAAAAUCUUGUUGUGUGUGAUGCAUGUGGACAUUUUCAUCCAGUUCAUACCUUAUGUGGUAAUUGUUACGAAAAAGUUAAAAAAGAAACAGAGAUAAUGCAAGAUGCCAUUAUGAAAGAACUCAAGCUCGAACCAAUUGAUAAAGAAGUAGUUGUUUUAUACGAAAAUGAUGCCAAAGAGAAAAUAUUUGAAGGUAAAAGAAUUAUAGAACUUCAAAAAGAAAGACCACAUUGGUUUAGUAAGAAUUUAUUAGCUAAGGACAGUGAAUUACUAAGAAAGAAAUCUAAAUCGGUAAAUGCAUCUCCAUUUUCGCCAAAAGUUGACAAUGUCGAGUAAAGUGUUUAAAUUAUAAUCUAAUUGUUUUACAAUAUGCUACUAAAAUGUAAAGGAAGUAUUUUUCA